GCGCCAUCGUCCAAUAGGAAUUGAGUUUGACGAAAUUUGAACUACUCGGCGACUUCGUUACCGAGGGUUGCGUCGUCGGUCGUAACGGUGAGGAGCGAUACGUGGUGAGGAGUUGAGUGAUCAUGAUGGCGAGUGGGCGCGUCACGAGGAACGGUGGCAGCAUCAUCCCGUCGUCGCACGCCGGGCUGCACAAGAAGCGUGGCCCCGUGGCCGAGCUACGCGUGCGCCUGGCGCAGGAGAAGGCGGUGGGGAGACGCGACCGUCGUGCCACCAUCCUGUUGGAACGCCGCCGGGGGUACUCCCCGCUCGCCGAGAGGAGCGUCAACGUGGCCCCCCAAGGGGAGAGCGGCAAGCCUACAGGCGAGCAGAGCUCCCAGCUCCUGCGCAGGGAGCGCCUCGCCAAGUACAAGGAGGAGAAGGAGCUGCGUAGGCGCCAGGCGCUGAGCAAGAAGACGUUUGUGGUGAAGCACGUGAAGGCGAGCCCGACGCGCUACCUGGUCUCCCUGCCGCCCGGGGUCACCAUCGCCGCGGCGACGCGGCCGCCGGCCAUCGCCAAGACGACGACGACGACGACGGCGGCGAAGCGGACCCUGGUGAGCGCCGUCGUCCCCCGUAUCACGACCCGCUCCAUGGCACGGCAGCAGGCGCCGGGGAUGGCGGGCGCACGGCACGGGCCGGCUCCGAGGACGGCUGCUGCCCAAACUAGAAAGGCUGCCCCCAGGGUGGGCGCGCCAGCCCAGGAGGCCAAGCCGGAUGGCAAGGGCCGAACCGUCGCUGGUGUCGGAGCGACUGGCCGUGCGACUCGCUUGAGAGCAAAGGAGGAGGAGGCAGCGGCGGCGGCGCCGGCUCCUUUCGCCGCCCGACGCGGGACACGGAUCGCCGUCAAGCUGAACGAGGUUCUUCACGAGGACCAAGCCGGUGAGGAGGAGUCGGGGGUCUGCAGCAAGGCCGGAGAGGAAGCCCAGCCUCAGCCGGGGUUGGCACGCACCCCCGAGGCGGCGGCCCCCGCAAGUAGCCGGCGCCAGGGCAUGGCGCGCCGCUCCUUCGCUCCCGUCGGCUUCGUGUUCCAAGGCCUGCCGGGCAUGACGACGACGACGAUGAUGAUGCCUCUUCCUCGCCUGCAGCCACUCAGCCCCUGCUCCACCUCCUCCUUCCUGUCGCCGGCGGAAAUCGUCGCUCCGUUGAGCUUCAGCCCCGUGCAGCACGGCCCCCCGCCGCGCCGACCUGCCACGCCUGCCGCGUCGGCGGUCAAAGCGGCAGAGGAGGCGUGCGUGCCACCGGGACCGGAGGGGCAGGAUGGGGCCCCCAGAGUGGUGGACGUGGUGGCGCCGGUCCCCGCGGCCGCUGCGGUGCAGCCGGAGGCGGUGGGGCCGGCGAGCGGCGGCGAGGAGCUGCACGGAGUGUCGCACUACAGGUCCCUCCUGCGGGAGGAGAGCGCCCGCCUGACUCUGCAGUGUGAGAAGUGGGAGCACGUGGACGUCGUGGCGGAGAUCCCUGAAGAAAUGAGCGGGCCCGUGCGCAUUGCGGUGGGGAUGGCGCGGCUGCUGAUGGCCGAGAGGUUCCGCCAGUUCGAGGGCUUGGUGGACGACUGCGACCUGGGCCGGGGAGAGAAGCCCACCACCCUGUGCGACCUCGCCGGCUUCUGGGACAUGGUUUAUUUCCAGGUGGAGGACGUGAAUAAAAAGUUUGCAGAACUGGAAAAAAUGCAGGGUGCUGGCUGGAAAGAGGAUUUGAUCAUGCCACCCCCGAAGCCUCUCCCCGCCAGGAAGAAGAAGGCGGCGGUGGUGGCGGCGCCGCGUGCCCCGGCCACGCGCAACGACGGCGCCCAGCGCGCCGCUCGCGAGAGACUCGCCGCGUUCAGGGCCAAGGCGGCGCUGGCACGCGGAGCCAAGGGCGUCGAGGAAUGCUGCGUGGAGGGAGAGGCCCCACUCCCACCACAGCAGGGGGAGGCCCCACCAACACGGCAGGGAGAGGCCGCAUCACUGCAGCAGGGAGAGGCCUCACCACAGCAGGGGGUGGCCUCACCACUGCGGAGCCCCGCAACACCCAGGGGCCAGAAGAGGUCACGUGGGGGGAGCAUGACCCCCUCCGUGACGGUCGCCUUUGAGGGGGAGACGCCGAGGGAGGCGCGGAGACCCCUACGCAAGACCCCGCGCCCUGCCCCCGUGCCCCCCUCGCCCGACACCCCUGACAGCCCCCCCAGGUGCUGGCAGGUGGAGCCGAGCCCUGCAGAGUCGCUGGCCUCUGAGCGAGACGUGGAUGAGUUGGAGCUGUCAAUCAGCAAGUACCUGGUGCCGAGCCAAGCGGCGGCCGCUCGCACCCCCGAGCGCCAGCGGGUGGAGGAGGAGGAUGCGGGGACCAGAGGGGAGCUCCUCGUCCCACUGUCCAGCGACCCGGGGCUCCUGUGGUGUGCGGGUGGCUCGCUGCUCACCACUCCCUUCUUCGGCUGCGACUCGCCACUCGCCACGGCCUUGCCAGCACACCUGUUGACGCCCCAGGUGACGGAGGAGCGGGCAGCCCCCGACAACCUCAUGGUCUUCACCCCCAACGCCGCAGGUGUGCACCACUCCCGGCAUACGCACACCACCGCCCCCCCCCUCGUGCCUAAACGUUCAUUGAUUUCACCUGAGCCGAUUGGGCCGGAUUGAUUGCGGAUGGUUCAGGGGCGGCGUGGGGGGGUGCAUGGACUGGCGUGGAGAGGGAGGGCGGUGGGGGGAGGUCCAGAGGGUCUCUGUUCCUUCUCCCCCCUUUUUGCCAUGAGCACCGCUCUGCUGUGUUGUGAUUGGACGUGGUCUCCGGGCCCCGUGUCAAGUUACGCUGUAAUUGGCAAUCGCCGUCGGCCCGGUAACAGAUUUGGCUGCGCCGUAGGGUGGA